GGCCUCCUCUCUCCUUUAUUUCUUCCCCCACCAGAUCAUUGCAUGCUACUCCAAUUGAUUUCGCCAUUAUUUUCUUUGCUCACAGCCGGCCCUGCCCCAUAUGGACAGACGCCUCUUCGAGGCAGUUCUCAAAGGCGACGUUUCAACCUUCCUCUCUCUCGCUCAAGAAGAGGAAGAUAUCAUCAAACAAGUCGUCCCCGGCUCCCUGAACACUGUCUUACACUUAGCAGCGCGGUUUGGGCACUUGGAAUUGGCGUCGGAGAUAGUGAAUCUAAGGCCCGAAUUGUCGUCGGCCGAGAAUGAAAAGCUGGAGACUCCUUUGCAUGAAGCAUGUAGAGAGGGGAGAGUGGAGAUUGUGGAGCUUUUGAUGAAGGUAGAUCCAUGGAUUGCUCCAAAGGUUAACCGGAACGACGAGAGCGUGCUGUUUGUGGGGUGCGAGAGAGGGAAGCUUGAUGUGGUGAAGCAUCUUUUGGUGAACCAUUCAUGGCUGUUGAUGCUGGAAUUGGAUGCUCCCACCACUUCACUUCAUGCUGCAGCUUCAGGAGGCCAUACAGAUGUAGUUAAGGAGAUAAUAAGGGAAAGGCCAGACUUUUCAUGGAAGAAGGAUUCUCAAGGAUGUACUCCCUUGCACCUAGCUUGCAGCAAAGGUCACCUUGAGAUCACAAGGGAGCUUCUGAGGUUGGACCCAGACCUCACUUCCUUACAGGACAAUGAUGGUCGUACACCUCUCCACUGGGCGGCCAUGAAAGGGCGUGUCAACAUCAUUGACGAGAUCCUCUCUGUCAGUCUCCAAUCAGCAGAGAUGAGAACCGAACAUGGUGAGACUGUUCUACACCUGGCAGUGAAGAACAACCAGUAUGAAGCUGUCAAGUACUUGACAGAGACUCUCAACAUCUCCCAGCUCCUCAACACGCCGGAUAGUGAUGGCAAUACCAUCUUGCAUCUCGCCACUGCCGGAAAACUCACCACUACGGUCCUCUAUCUUCUCAAGCUGGGUGUCAAUGUAAAUGCUCUAAACCGCAAGGGUUACACCCCUCUAGAUGUAGUUGAAACGGAUGCCAGUAACUCUGGCUCGCUUGUGGUUGUGCCUGCAUUACUGGAAGCGGGAGCUAAGAGGUGUGACCAAUUACCGCCGGUUUCUCAAGAAAUUCAAACCAUUACUGAACCCUCGUCAGGAAGAUUAUACCCCACCAGCCCAAAUUUACCACCUCCAUGGCCAAAAAGGCCCCCGGAAUCUCCAGCCAAGCAUCACCGUCGCAAGCACCAGAGGCGCCGGGAAAAGCAGCUUGAGCAGCAGACCGAGGGUCUCCGCAAUGCUAGAAACACUAUCACAGUUGUGGCUGUCUUAAUAGCAACUGUGACAUUCUCUGCAGGCAUAAACCCCCCCGGCGGCUUCAACCAGAGCUCCGGCAAGGCCAUAAUGGGUAAACGGACUCCUUUCAAGGUAUUCAUGGUAUGCAACAUUCUAGCAUUGUUCCUGUCCCUAGGCAUAGUCAUCGUUCUUGUCAGCAUCAUCCCUUUCCGGCGGAAAUCCAUGAUGAAGCUCUUGAUUUCAACUCAUAAGGUGAUGUGGAUGUCGGCGACUUUUAUGGCGGCGGCUUAUAUAGCUGCGACCUGGACAAUUCUGCCAGGAGGACCGAGUACCAAGUGGGUGUUGGUGACAUUGAUUUCCAUAGGGGGUGGGUGCACAAUGACCAUAUUUGUAGGCCUAGGAGUUUUGCUAAUACAGCAUUGGCUGAGAAAAUGGGAAUGGAAGAAAACCAAAAGAAAGAACAAGGAUGGAAGCCCCCAUAGUAGUAUGAAUAGUCGUGUAGGAGAGAUGCAAAUGAUCAAGAGAGGUGAUCAUGAUUCGACUAGUAACUCCGACGUUGAUAGCUCUGAGAAAGGGGGUUACCACCUCUAUUAGCAAUUUCUGCAGCUUCAGGCCUAAUCGAUCAUGAUUCGACUAUAACCUUCAUUCUUAUAGAAUUAGCACCUCUCUAAUAUAGAUAGAUCAUAUGGGAGAUGUUGGUGUAACAUAUUGUACAACAUGCAUUCUGAACUUUCCAUCAUUAGUUGUUUUCAGUUCUUAUGGUUUUAAUUAAACUAGGUCAUCCAAAUUUUCUUCAA